AUGGCUCCGCUUCCGCCCACUCUGCUGCCCGCUUUGCUGCGUGCCUUCUACCUCACUGCCUCACUUCUUAUCCUCGUCAUACAGGCCGUUCCUGCACUACGCACCCGAUUUCUAGCCUAUGGUCCCCGUGCCACUACACCGCCCGCCCAGGAGAACCAGGAGCCCUCGGCACUCAGUCGCGCUCUCGACUUUGCUGCCUCGCUGCAAGUCCCCCAUCACUUCUUCAUCCACUUCUACGUCACCUCGGUCGCCUGCUCGCUCCUGUGGGCAUGGCAGAUGCACGUGUGGCAUGCGCAUAGGCAGCAACAGGUGGUUUGGGCGCUCCUGCUGCUUCAGGGUCUGCGGCGCGUGCUCGAGUCACAUGUCUACACCUCAGCCAGCAAGAGCACAAUGUCCGUUGCCCACUGGCUUCUCGGCCUUCUCUUCUACAUCACCAUCAACGCCGCCAUCUGGGUCGAGACACCUGGUAGCGCAUCUGCAAAUGCACUUCUUGUGCCAGGAGUCAUCACAGCCCAAAUGCUGCAGCACUCCUACCACGCCUACCUCUACCGCCUGCGCACAGAGAGUAAAGGCUACCAGCUCCCGUCUCACCCCAUGUUUCCCAAUCUCCUCUGUCCGCACUACACUUGCGAGGUAGUAAUAUAUGCAUUACUAUCACCCAUAGCAGCCCCAGAGGGCAGCUUGAUCAAUUGGACUGUGGCCUGCGGAACCAUAUUCGUCGCUACCAAUCUUGGUGUGACGGCAGUAGGUACCAAGGAAUGGUACAUGGCAAAAUUCGGUGCCGAUAAGCUUCCUAGUAUUGAACUUGCAAACUCGAUACAACUCCCACCGGGAGGUCAAUCUAGUAUAUUCGUUCGGGUGAUGGGCAUUCUCGUGAAUACAUGA